CCCGAAUGCUGGAAACUAACAUUUUUCGCUCUCAUUUUUUCUUCGGCUUAACAUUUUUCGCUCUCAGGCUUUCCCUCCUUCACAGUUAACACACUCAUUUGAUCCUCGACACUACAGAGCACUCCUCUUCACAUUGAAAAUACAUGCACGCAGACCACACUUCCAUUGAAAUCCUCUCGCUAAAGCUCGACGAUCGAUGUCUUGGUCACUGGAAAUGCCGGCCUUUUCGGCGAAGCUCUUCUUACUUCCCUUCGCACUAUGGCUUUUCUUCAUAUUUGCUACCAAGUUCAUAUUUCUGAUUUUGAGAUGUGUAUUGGGAAUAUCCAUCGAAUUUCACGUCGGAGGAUUGAGGAGUUUGAGAAAUGUUGUGGUGAAGCUAAAAAAGGGUGCUGUUGAGAGCAUUUCCAUUGGCGAAAUCAGAUUAAGCUUAAGGAAAUCGUUAGUUAAAUUCGGGGAUGGCUUUUCAUCCAGGGAUCCAAAAUUGCAUGUGCUAAUAUGUGAUUUAGAAAUUGUUACAAGGGCUUCACGCAAAGGCACUCAGAAGAAAAGGUCUCGCCCCUCUCAGAAAAUCCGCAAGUCAGGUGGUGGAAAGUUGAUGACCGUAGCUAAUAUGGCAAGAUUUUUGUCAGUUACUAUAACUAAGUUGUCUUUCAGGACACCAAAGGCUGCUGGAGAGAUGAAAGAACUGGCCCUUGAUAUAUUUAAAGACGGUGGAUCCCAGCAAAAUUUGUUUGUGAAGUUCAAUCUGGCCCCUGUUCUUGUAUACUUAGGUGAUACACAGGUCAACUCUAAUCAGACAUCUGCUCCUUCUAGCUGUGAAGAAUUUUCUCUUUCGUGUGAAUUUGUUCUUGAUAGGGAAGCCGGGGUGGUAGUUAAGAAUGUAGAUCUCAAAAUUGGAGAAGUUUCUUUAUGCCUAAAUGAGGAGCUGAUAUCUAAAAAGAAAAGUUCAGAAGAUGCCCUUCCCCCGGUUGAGGAUGCUGUGAAAGUGACCAGUGAAUCUGGUGCUACUGAACAACCUCAGAAAAAGUCAACAGCAUUGGCUAUGAGUAAAUAUGCUUCCAUGUUUCCUGAAAAGCUUAGCUUCACUCUACCUAAAUUGGGUGCCAAGUUUGUGCACCAAGGAGAGGGUCUUCAGGUGGAGAAUAGCAUCAUAGGUAUUCAAUUGAAGGGCUCAAAGUCACAAUCAAUUGAAAAUGGGGGUGGAAGUACUCGACUUGGUAUUCAGAUGGAAUUUAGUGAGAUCCAUCUACUUAGAGAGGCAGGAAUUUCUCUUCUGGAGAUCUUGAAACUUGAUAUUAGCUCAUCCGUUUAUAUCCCGACUGAGCUUACUUCACCUGUUAGGUCUGAAGUUGAUGUUAAGCUUGGAGGGUUUCAGAGCAAUGUAAUAAUAACUAGAUUAACUCCAUGGAUGCGGCUUCGUUCUUCAAAGAAAAAGAAGGUGGUGCCUCGAGAAGGAAGCCCUACAUCUGAAAAACCAAAAUCAUCUGGAAAUAAUGCCAUUAUGUUGACAUUCACUUUUACUGCACCUGAGAUGACCAUUGUGCUUUAUGAUAUGAAUUGCUCACCGUUGUGUCAUGGUUGCUUGCUAUCAUUGUGUGUCUCGGCUAACAAUACAUCAAGCUCUGGCUUGGCAGCACAUCUGGAACUCGGUGAACUCAAUCUACGCAUGUCUGACGAGCAUCAAGAAUGCUUAAAGGAGUCUCUGUUUGGAGUGGAAACGAAUAUGGGCUCAUUAGUGCAUGUAGGAAAGGUUAACCUUGAUUUGGGAAGAAAGGAUGUCGGUUCUCCUGAAGACAUGAAGAGUAUUUCGGCUCUCAAUAUUGACGUAACUGGCAUGGGUAUGUUCAUAACCUUUAAGCGCCUUGAAUCACUGGUAGCGGCAGCCUUCUCCUUCAAAUCUUUAUUAAAGGGUUCGUCUUCUACUUCUGGUAAGAAACCAACACAUACUCAGGGUUCAAAAUCAUCCAAGCCAUCAGGAAAGGGGAUUCAAUCCGUAAAGUUCAAUCUUGAGAAAUGUUCUUUAAAUUUUCGUGGAGAUGUUGGCUUAGAAGAUGCAGUUGUUGCAGACCCCAAACGUGUAAAUUAUGGAUCCCAAGGUGGUCGAAUCUUAAUAACUGACUCUGCUGAUGGUACUCCCCGGACUGCAAGUGUAACAUCUACAGCCUCAAAUGAAUUAAAAGAAAUAAAGUAUGCUAUUUCCCUCGAUGUUUUCAAAUUGGGCCUUACCAUGAACAAGGAAAAACAGACUGUGCAGAUGGAUCUUAAGAGGGCCACAUCCAUAUAUCAAGAACACAUGGAAGAAAAUAAUCCUGCAACUAAAUUUACAGUGCUUGACAUGCAAAAUGCAAAGUUCGUGAGACGAUCUGGGACUAAUAUUUGUUCUCUCUUCAGUUCUACUGAUAUAUCUGUCAGAUGGGAGCCUGAUAUGCAUAUAGCAUUAAUUGAAUUGGGGCUGCGAUUGAAGUUACUGGUACAGAAUCAUAAGUCUCAGGAACCUAGUAAAGAAGGGGCCACAAAAAAUAGCGAGCCAAAGAAACAGACCUCUGCAGAAGCAGUACAGAACAAGAAAAGAGAGAACAUUUUUGCAAUUGAUGUGGAAAUGCUUAAUAUAUCUGCUGAAGCAGGGGAUGGGGUUGAAACCACCAUUCAGGUCCAGUCCAUAUUUUCUGAAAAUGCAAAGAUAGGUUUACUUCUUGAAGGUUUCAUUCUUCAUUUCAAUGGUGCAAGAUUAGUUAGAAGCAGCAGGAUGCAAAUUUCUCGGAUUCCUAAUGCCUCUAGCAGUGUGUCAAAUGCUAAAGUAGAAGGAGUCACAACAUGGGAUUGGGUAAUUCAAGCCCUAGAUGUUUACAUAUGUUUGCCAUUCAGGUUGGAGUUGCGUGCCAUUGAUGAUUCUGUUGAGGAAAUGAUUCGAGCUCUUAAGCUUGUUACUGCUGGGAAAACUAAACUUAUGUUUCCAAACAAGGAAGAGAAACCGAAACCUAAAAAACCAAGUUCAAGUUCAAGUUCAUCAAAAAUUGGACGUGUUAGACUUUGCAUACGUAAACUAUCUGCUGAACUUGAAGAAGAACCGCUACAGGGUUGGCUUGAUGAGCAUUUCCUUUUGCUGAAGAAGGAGGCUCAUGAACUAGCUGUCCGUAUGAACUUCCUUGAUGAACUUGUCUCCAGAAGCGGCCAAUCUCCUGGCGUUGCUGAGCAGAGUGAUUCUAUUCCUGAAGGCAAGAUUCAUUUUAACGGAGAAGAGAUCAAUCUGCAGGAUACUUCAGCUAUUCAGAAACUGCGAGAGGAGAUGUAUAAGCAGUCAUUCCGAUCAUACUACCAAGCAUGUCAAAAUCUUGUGCCAUCAGAAGGAUCAGGGUCUUGUGUAAAUGGGUUCCAAUCUGGUUUCAGGCCUAGUAUUGCCAGAACUUCUGUUUUGUCAGCAUGUGCUACUGAAUUAGAUGUAAGCCUCACAAGAAUUGAAGGAGGUGAUCCUGGGAUGAUAGAACUCCUUCAGAAGCUUGAUCCUGUUUGCCGUGCACAUAAUAUUCCAUUCGCUCGACUGUAUGGUAGUAAUAUCAAAUUACAGACAGGUUCCCUUUCUGUUCGGAUAAGAGAUUACACUUGUCCACUGUUUGCUGCAACUUCUGGCAAAUGUGAAGGCCGUCUCGUGAUGGCUCAGCAGGCAACAUGUUUUCAACCCCAAGUUCGCCAAAAUGUGUACAUCGGGAAGUGGAGAAAGGUCUCUUUGCUUCGUUCUGCAAGUGGCACAACUCCACCAAUGAAAACAUAUUCAGAUUUGCCCUUACAUUUUCAAAAAGCAGAAAUUGCCUAUGGUGUUAAUUUUGAACCAUCAUUUACUGACAUCAGCUAUGUUUUCACUGUGGCUAUGCGUAGAGCCAAUUUAAGUCUUAGGAAUCCAAAUCCUGAUCCUCCUCCGCCAAAAAAGGAAAAGAGCUUGCCAUGGUGGGAUGAAAUGAGAAACUAUAUUCAUGGAAACACAUCAUUAUACUUUGCUGAAACCAAAUGGAAUAUUCUUGCUACAAUUGAUCCUUAUGAAGAGUCUGACAAGCUCUUGAUCAACACUGGUUAUUUGGAAGUGCAACAAUCUGAUGGUCGCGUUUAUCUUUCAGUGAAGGAUUUCAAGGUUUCAUUAAGCAGUUUGGAGAGCUUAGUAAAGAGCUCCAAUUUGAAACUUCCAGAUGGGUGCUCUUAUACUUUCCUACAGGCACCUGACUUUAGUAUUGAAGUAAAUAUUGAAUGGGGCUGUGAUUCUGGAAAUCCCCUUAAUCAUUACUUAUUUGCACUUCCAGUUGAAGGUGUUCCUCGUGAAUACAUUUAUGAUCCCUUCAGAUCAAUCGCUCUGUCCCUGUCCUGGAAUGUGCUGCUUAAGCCCUCUUGUCAGGGUCAAUCAGAGCCAGGAUGUGCAUCAAUUGAUUCACCAACAAUUAAUCUUGGUCCUCAUGAUUUAGCCUGGCUAAUCAAAUUUAUUAUCGUAAACUACCUCCCUCCAUGCAAACUAAGGACAUUUUCUAGGUGGCCUCGUUUUGGAGUCCCAAGAAUUCCGAGAUCUGGAAAUCUGUCGUUAGACAAGGUAAUGACAGAAUUCAUGUUAAGGCUUGAUGCAACUCCUAUAUACAUAAGGUAUAUGCCCAUAGAAGAUGAUGACCCAGCUAAGGGAUUGACAUUUGAGAUGAAAAGACUGAACGUAGAAGCUUAUCUUGGCCGAGGACAGAAAAAUUUUACAUUUGAUACCAUACGUGAUACUCUUGAUCUUGUUUAUCUGUGUGUGGACCUUCAAAUGCCCAAGGUAUUCAUUAAUAAACAAGAUUGCACUAGUGUUGCACAAAUCAUUCAAAUGAGUAGGAAGGCUUCACAGUCUACAUUGAUGAAAAGUGACACUGUUAAUGGUAGCAAAAGUGACACUGACAAUGGUUUUUUCUUAUCAUCUGAUUACUUUUUGAUCAAGAAACAAUCUCCUAGAGCUGAUCAAGAAAGGUUGUUGUCAUGGCAAGAAUCAUUCGGAAGAGAUCUUGAGAUGACAGAUUUCAGAUCUGAGUUUGAAACUGGGAGUGAAAGUGAGGACCAUGCAAGACCUGAACUCACUGAGGAUGAUGGGUGCAAUGUAUUAAUUGCAGAUAAUUGUCAGCGCGUCUUUGUCUAUGGUCUUAAACUUUUAUGGAAUCUUGAGAAUAGAGAUGCUAUCCUUUCCUUUGUUGGUGGAUUGACUAAAGGUUGUGAACCUUCCAAACCAUCUCCUUCUCGGCAAUAUACUCAAAUGAAAUUGCUUGAGGAGAAGAGUAAGGCAAUUGAAAAACCCGAUAUGCCUCAAGACGAUCAGCAAAAGUCCCCUCCUAGUCAAGCUGUGAAUUCAUCACCUCCACAAAAUUCAGAGAUAUCAGAAUCACAAUUGCAGAAGUCUCCCUCAAAUUCAGUUAAAGUGGAAAGCCCUAAUGAAACUGCAAAGCCUAGUAACAGUGAAGAGGCUGAGGAAGAGGGGACCCCUCAUUUCAUGGUGAAUGUCAUUGAGCCACAAUUCAAUCUUCAUUCAGAAGAUGCAAAUGGUAGGCUUUUACUUGCUGCUGUUAGUGGCCGUGUUUUAGCUCGUUCAUUCCAAUCGGUUCUCAAUGUUGGCAAUGAGGUAAUUGAACAGUCACUUGGCGGACGAAAUGCUCAAAUGCCAGAAUCUUUACCACAAAUGACAUGGAGCCGUAUGGAGUUAUCCGUGAUGUUAGAGCAUGUGCAGGCUCAUGUUGCCCCAACUGAUGUAGAUCUAGGGGCUGGAGUUCAGUGGCUUCCUAAAAUUCGUAAAAGCUCACCAAAAGUGAAAAGGACUGGAGCUUUACUGGAACGAGUUUUUAUGCCUUGUGAUAUGUUCUUCCGCUACACAAGGCAUAAAUCUGGCUCUCCAGACUUGAAGGUCAAGCCCUUGAAAGAGCUUUCUUUCAAUUCUGAGAAUAUAACAGCAACAAUGACAUCUCGCCAAUUUCAAGUUAUGACAGAUGUGUUAACCAAUCUCCUCCUUGCUCGGCCUCCAAAGCGAAAAGUUAGUCUAUCAUAUCCUGUUGAGGAUGAAGAUGCUGAAGAGGAGGCAGAUCAAGUUGUUCCUUAUGGUGUUGAAGAGGUAGAAUUAGCAAGAAUCAACCUUGAACAAAAAGAACGUGUCGUAAAUACAAUCCUGGAUGACAUUAGGAAAUUAUCCCUUUGCAAUGAUGUAUCUGGGGAAGCUUACUCUGAGAAGGAAUUCGAAGCAUGGAUGGUAACUGGUGGAAGAUCUGUAUUGGUGCAAAAACUAAAGGAAGAGCUAGCAAGUGCCAAAAAAUCUAGAAAAGCUUCAUCUGUUCCAUUAAGGGCAGCCCUGCAAAAGGCUGCACAGAUACGAUUGAUGGAGAAAGAAAAGAAUAAAAGUCCUUCACAUGCUAUGCGUCUUUAUUUGAAAAUUAAUAAAUUUGCUUGGAGCAUGCUUAUUGAUGGAAAAUCAUUUGGAGAAGCUGAGAUAAAUGAUAUGAUUUAUGAUUAUGACAGGGAUUACAAAGAUGUUGGCAUUGCAAAAUUCACAAUAAAGUUUGUUGUUAUAAGAAACUGUCUGCCCGGUGCCAAGUGUGAUACGGUUCUUUCGGCCUGGAAUCCUCCUUCUGAAUGGGGAAAAAAAGUGAUGCUUCUUGCACAUGCAAAACAGGGGCCUCCAAAAGAUGGACACUCUACUAUUGAACUCUUACAGGUGGAGAUCUACCCCUUGAAGAUAAAUGUGGUUGAGGCAAUGUACAAAGUGUUGUGGGAGUACCUUUUUCCAGAAGAAGAACAAGACACCCAUCGACGGCAGGAAGUAUGGAAAGUUUCAACUACUGCUGGUUUAAAACGUGGGAAGAAAGGCUCAGUACAAGAAAUUAAUGUGGCUGCCAGCCCAAAAGCUAAAGAUUCUCAGGGCUCCUCCAAAACAGGCUCCUCCGCACUGUCUGCCUUUUCUGAGUCCUCUUCUGAUUCUCUUAAGUUACGAAGGACAUCUUCCUUUGAUAGAACGUGGGAAGAAAAUGUUGCUGAAUCAGUUGCUAAUGAACUAGUAUUAAAAGCUCAAAAUUCGGGUGGGGGUGCCUCUACUACAUCAAAAACUGGGCCACUUGCUAAAUCUGGCCGCUCUGCCACUCAGGCAGCCAAACCAAAUGAAGAAAAAAAGCCACGAAGACUGAGAGAGUUCCGCAACAUUAAGAUAAGUCAGGUAGAGCUAUCAGUGACAUAUGAAGGAUCUAGAUUUGCUGUAAGUGAUCUAAGAUUGCUGAUGGAUCCAUUCAGUUGUGCUGAGUUUACGGGAACCUGGGGGAGGCUAUUCUCCCGAGUUAAGAAACACAUCAUAUGGGGAGUAUUAAAAUCUGUAACGGGAAUGCAGGUUAAGAAGUUUAAAUUAGGUAAAGACCACAGUCAUAAAGACCAUAGUGGCACUGGUCCCAGCAUUGAUAUGGUGAUAGAUGAUGAUGGAGGUUCAGCUGGAAAAUCGGAUUCAUGGCCCAAGCGUCCCACUGAUGCAGGCGAUGGAUUUGUGACGUCUGUAAGGGGGCUGUUCAGUUCUCAGAAGCGUAAGGCAAAGAACUUAGUGCUACGGAAGAUGAGGGGUGAUGGAGAAAAUGAAAUACUACAGGGUGAGUGGAGUGAAAGCGAAGCAGAGUUCUCUCCUAUCGCCAGGCAACUGUCGGGAUCAAGAGCCAAGAAAUUGAUUAGGCGCCACACCAAGAAGUUCAACCCAGGACUGCAGCAAGCUGUAUCUUCCGUGGAUGGAGAAUCAAUUCCCACAUCCCCUCCUGAUAACAGCGAUUCUUCAAGCGAAUCCUCGCCAUACGAGGAAGAACGUGAAGAAGGUGAAAAUAAGGAAGAAGGUGAAAAUAAGGAAGAACGUGAAUAGGAAUUUAAGAGCAUACUGUUGAAAUGGAAUGCACUGCCUUCUUUAUGAACCUCUGCAACAGCCUCUGUUCCAGCCAGGUACGGGUCGUUUCCAAAUAAUUAUGCACCUAGGAAAUAAGUGUAAAUGACCCCGAGUAGUAGAGUUAUGUUUUAUUUUUUUACUCAUGAAUUCGGAAAGAUAGGGUCCGGUAGAGUGAAUAUUUGGACCUGAGAGUCCGUAAUGGCAUCAAUAAAGUUUAGGAUAUGAUGCUACUCUUACUCUGUAAAUGAGUUAAAUAAACAAAGAUAAAUAAAUGCCUUUGCUUCAUUUA